CACACACACACACACACACACACACACACCCUAAAUGCAGUCGAUACUCAUCCGCAUGCAAGUAAUGAAGUUCCAGGUAUAACCUUGACAGCUUCUCCGUGCAGCAGGAAAGGACAAUGUGCCCCUUUAAAAGACACGCGCACACACACACGCACGCGCGCACACGUAUAACGAGUUCGUCUUUCCUCCAGUGAAGUCUGACAGGAAUGAGGUCAGACACAACGAUCCUCAUUGCACAUUAUUAUUAUUAUUACCGUUUUUUUUUUUUAUUCGGCCAAUGGGAGGCCGGGGGGGGAGGGGCCCGGAUGACGAAGUUGGUCCAGAGACGGACGCCGAUUGGCUCCUACGUCUCGCGCAAACCGUAUAAAGAGGCGAAGUUCUCGUUGUUGUGUUUACAGUAAUAUUACGCAGCGCUCAGGAAACAGGGAGACUAUGAGCACGCGCAGCCGCUCCAUUCCACCACAUGGUUCCUCAACCGCACCGACAAGCUGCGCCGCACACCGCCGGGUUCGCAUAAGGGACUUGAACCGCUGUGGCCCCCGGCGCCGCGUUCUGAGGCUCGCAGGGCGCGUUUUCAGCCGCACGGGCGGUUGAAACUUGCUGUUUAGUAGUUUCGGGAUAUAUGGUUUCUUUUUUUUGUUGUUGUCGUCGUUGUUGUGUUUCCGCGAAGCGCACUGGUACGAGUUGAAGAAGAAAAAAAAGAAAAAAGAAGAAGCAGCAGGCGCGUGAAGAGCGAGCUGAGCUGAAAGGAAGAGACUUGGAAGAACUUUUCAGACCGUUCUGGUUUUAAUGCGCCCUUUAUAAGACCAGCGGGGAGUUACUCUUUUUUGUUUGUUGGUGAAAAGCCUUUGAGAACUGACGCCGAAUCUGUGUUCGGAGGACAGGAUGGUGCAGCACAUGAGCCAGACAGAGAGCGCCCACGCGCAUUCUCCCGGCGGGGACUCCACGGACACGGGAGAAAUGGACCUGGAGAUGGACGUGUCUCCGACCGCCGAGUCCCUCUCCUCCGGGGCGCGGAGAGACGCGGCGUGGUGUAAAACUCCGACGGGGCACAUCAAGCGACCCAUGAACGCGUUCAUGGUCUGGUCGCAGAUCGAGAGGAGGAAGAUUAUGGAGCAGGCGCCGGACAUGCACAACGCGGAGAUCUCCAAGCGGCUGGGGAAACGCUGGAAGCUGCUGAAAGACACGGACAAGAUCCCGUUCAUCCGCGAGGCGGAGCGGCUGCGGCUCAAACACAUGGCCGACUACCCCGACUACAAGUACCGACCCAGGAAGAAGGUCAAGUCGGGAAGCGGGGCGAGCAAGCCGGCGGAGCGGGAGCGCAGCGCCAAACCCGGCGUGAAAAGAAGCCCCGCGGCCAAAGGCGUGAGCCGGACGCACAAACAGGGGGGCACGAAGAGCGCCGCGGGGCAGGACUACGCGUCUCCCGCUGACCACCAGGCGCUCUUCAAAUCCAGGUCAGUGUCUGGGGCCAGACAGAUCCCGGAGAAGCGCGCCGGAGAGGCGAGGCGCGGCCACAUGUUCGGCGGGGCUGGCAGCCUGGACAGCGGGCCUCCCUCCGUGGGGGUCCCGGCCAGUCCCACCCUGAGCAGCUCGGCGGACGCCAGCGACCACCCCAGCCUGUACGACGAGCCGAGCCCCGCGGCCAGCGAGUCCUCGCACACUGCGCGCCUCAGGUACGCGCGCGCCUCCUCCCCAACACCCUCCGCCUCGCACUCUUCCUCGUCGGUGUCGUCCUCGUCAUCGGAUGAAGAGUUUGAAGACGAGCGAGUCGAGCUGAACCCGAGCCCCGGGUUUGAGAGCAUGUCGCUCGGCGGCAUGGGCUUCUCCGACCCGGAGCUGGACCGGGACUUGGACUGGAGCUUCGGGGAGUGCGGGGCGGGAUCUCACUUCGACUUCCCCGACUACUGCACCCCGGAGGUCAGCGAGAUGAUCUCAGGAGACUGGCUGGAGUCCACCAUCUCCAACCUGGUGUUCACCUACUGAAGAAGACCACGGUGGCGAGAAGGCACAACGCCCCCACCCCCCCGCCUCCACGUUUUGAACUGUUCAAAUACCCAAGACAGGCGCGUGCGUCCAGACCAGAAUAUUUCCGCCAUUCUUUCACUAGAUGAGAGUGAAAACGGGAAAGAGAAGGUGGCCUGUGUGCGCGUUGAAGCCCAGGUACGCGCCGCACACGGACUUAUAGACAGCGCCGCGUGCGCUUGACGGGAGCGCGCAGAGGUGGAAAAUGCUGAGUUUGCAUUUGGACACGGAGGAGGAGUGAAUGUAAGCAGAGAAACGCACGGACUUCAGCUCAAGAGCUCGAACCAACCCGCAGAGGACUGAGACACAACUUUUGAAUCUCAGUGUCUAUUUGGGCCGGGACAAGGGACAUUUACUGGACCGCUCGUUAUGUUGGGCUUUGUCCAAGAAACCGCCAAUUCACCUUGACCAUCAAGUUGCUAUUCAGGUGUAGUUUUUUUUUUUUUCCAAACUCAAAAUAGUUUCAAUAUGAACACGCAUGCCCUCUGCGAACAGGAGGAUUCUGUUGUCGUUUUUUAAUGCGUAAAAAAAAUGUUCAUUGCUGCGUAAUUACGCAAUUCGUGUGACCAUAGGACACAAUUCACUAUCACCAGCUUCUCUUUCAACGGCAGGACUUGUAAACUAAGACUGACUCCAAACUUCAGAAGCCCUCUUCUGAACCCUUUUUAAACACUCAGUGCACAAUUCAGGACCAACGUUCCCCAACGUGCAUCCUUUCUGCCUAGUGCUUCAAACUUUGUAGUUCCUCUGUGUCAGAUGACGUUUUUUUUAUAUCGAUGUAUUUAUACCGGCCAAACUUUUUUACACAUAGAAGUAUUGUUAUCGUACAGGUCUCGUUUGUGUUUGUGCACAUACACCUGUCUGUAUCCAGCGCGGAAGGGCUAGAAGUGUAUCUUAUUUAAAAUGUCCGACGUUCUCUCACUUUUAAGGAGACUUGAGUGUGUCAUGAUUUUCUACUUGUAUUUUUGUAUAAAAUCUAUAGAAAGGGGUUUUUCCAGCGAGUGGGGUAGCCUACAACAUUGUUGUUUUGGAUCUACAUUGGUGUUUAGACGUGCAGAGGGGGGAGGGGA